CUGAAAUUUUCUUUUUGUAAACAUUUUAAUAAUAAUACAUUUUUUUUUUUCAGCGCGACACCUCUGUUUUUGAGUUCGCCAGUGAUCACAUCUUUUUCGGGCGAUAAGCUCUACUUACAGAAAAUUUUCGAACAAUGGCCCAUCAAAUUGGAACGAAGAGCUGUGUUCUGGCCUCCACACGCUACAUUUAUUGCAUGUGGCACUGCUGGCAUAAUUAUUGGUAUACGUGUGAAUUCUCAUACAUUCCUAGGUGAUGCAAAUUUCUCGUACGCGGAAAGUAUUAAAAGAUGUCCGAAAUUAACCCACGGGGAUCUGUGCAAUACGUGUUUGCUUCUUGGCAGUAUAACAACCGCUCUGGCUGGCGGGGUUUGUCUCCCGAUGUUCUCAUCACCAUAUCUGACAGCUGCUUCUGCGAUAUUACAAGGCGACCAAAAUGCAAUACCAAAAAUUAGAAAGACGAAAAAUUGGCUGAAUUAUCUGUUCCGAUGGAAAGUUGGCAUAAAUGCCUGCCGAGGAAUGAUACUGCGCACUGUUUGUGGAUUGGCUGCUGUUUCAGGAGCAUCCAUGAUUAUGGAUACACUUAGCGUGGAACCGGAAUUCAUCUCGAAAAUUAGCAACAGCUGAAA